GUCUGAUAUAGUUAUAAAUACGACAUUCCUUUGCUCAUCUACAGGAAUUGACCAAAAACAAAAUGCCUUACACCGAGUUCGUAAUCCCCUCCCUGAAGCAGGAUGAAGGAUCGAAGGCAGCAUUUCUUUCAGCUAGUCCGCUUCUAAUAUCAGGACUUGCAAAAGCCUCGGGAUUCAAGCAGCAUGUAAUUGGUACAAUAAUCAGUGAGAACGGGGAAGAUGUCAAUCCAAACAGCCUGAAGAUCGCCCUUGGAAUAGAAUGGGAGCAAGAGAAGAAUUUGUACGACUUCCUCGUUAGUGAAGACUUCAAAGCCUUCGCAGUUCACGCAAAAUCCUUUUCUGCAGCUCCUCCGGAUCCACAACUAUACAAGACCGACCUAGAGCCCACAGCCAUCUUCACAGCUCCCUUGACGGAAGUGAUUCGGAUCCCAAUGGAGGAGGGACAAGCCGGAGAAGUUCAACUUAUCUGGAAGCAAUAUAUCGAUGCUAUUGAGUCCAAAGAGAACAUUCAGAUCAAUGCAUUAUGUGGCACCAGCCUGAACUUGGAAAAAAAGCACUUCGUAGGGAUUGUUGGGUACCGGGGAAUCGAGAUGCGUGAAUCGAUCCAUGAAAGUCUGUCCGUCGGAGAAGCAAAGGGAAAGUUGGAGAAGCUGGGAGCAAAUUCAUUUGUGGUAUCAUUUUCGAAACCCUGAACCCAAGAUUACAUCAAUGAAAAUCUCCUCUCAUCUCGAGGCCUUGUGAUGUG